AUGUAGUCAGAUAUUGUCUUUAGAACAGCAAAAGCAUGGGAUUCUUUUAGUGAUAAAUAUGCUAGAAGAAUGUAAAAAAAUACAUCUGUAUUUUAUAUGACCCUAUUAAAUAUGUUACAUUAUGAAGAGGCAGAAAAGUAUAAUAAAAAAUAAAAUAUAAGUAUUUUGGAUGCAGGUUGUGGAGCUGGAUAUUUACAUUAGCAUAUGAUGAAUUAAAAGAAACCUAACUCUCACCUAUAUGGAUUUGAUAUAAGUUCUUAAAUGGUUAAAAGAGCAGGAGCAAGAAUGAAAAAAUCAUUAAAUAAAGAUAAAAUUGGAUCUCUAGAUCUAUUAACUCAAGAGGAAGUGGAUUCUGUCAAUUUUGGUAUAUAAAUAAUUUUAUUAAUUUAGAUGAUGAGGUUUUCAAGAAGAUAAAUUAUCAUUUAUCUGUUGGAAAUGUAGAAGAAUUAAAUUAAUACUAAAAUGAAAUGUUUGAUAUUUAUGUGUGUAAUCUUGUCUAUUAAAUAAUUGAUGAUCAAAAGAAAGCUAUGAGUGAAGCAUUCAGAGUCUUAAAACCAGGAGGGAAAUUUGGAAUUACAGUUUGGGGUAGGAAAGAAAAAUGUGCAGCUGUAUGGUUUUUGAAAGAAUUAGCUUUUGAAACAGGUUUAUCACCAGUUGGAAUGAAAGGAGGAAGAUUUUUAUCAAAUCCUGAAGAGCUAAUCACUUUAGCUACUAAUACAGGAUUCAAAAAUAUCGGUAUUUUAUUUAUUCUAAAAAUAGUUUUUUGGUUAUAAAUGGUACCAUUUGAUGUUAUAAGCAUGAAAAAUAUUGAAGAGUUCUUCCCUCCAGAAAUUGAGGGAAUUUUAGCUAAGUCUACAUAGGAAUAAAGACAUAUUUAUUAUCAAGCUCUGGAAAAAAUGUUAAAUGAUUAUAAGAGAGAAAAUAAGACAUUUCCAUUUGAAUGUUAUUUAUUGAUUGCAGAAAAACCAAAAUGA